AUGACAAACCCUCCAAGUCUUCUUUUAGCCAUAGCACUUUUGGUGCUAUUAUUCUCAAAGCCUUCUCUUACAGUCUUUGUAAGCAUUGAUUGUGGAUCCUCUGAAUCUGUCACUGAUGAAAAUAAUAUAAGAUGGACUGGGGAUGAUGCCUACAUUCAACAUGGUGAGUCUAUUCAAGUCUAUUCAGGUUCUAACCCUUUGAGCACUCUGAGGGUGUUUCCAACUAGAAAGAAGAACUGUUAUUCCAUCAGAGUUAAAAAAGGAGAAAAAGUUCUUACUAGAGCAAGCUUUUACUAUGGGAAUUAUGACAAUAAAUUAUCUCCACCCAUCUUUGAUCUUCAGUUUGAUGGUAACUACUGGGCCACUGUCAACACCUCAAGUAGUUAUGAUUAUGUUGAUUAUGAAGCAAUAUAUGUAACCAAAGGAAACUUAACCAGCAUAUGUGUUGCUCAAACAAAGCCUAACCAGCUUCCAUUCAUAUCAUCCCUUGAAGUACGCAGCUUGGACACUACAAUGUACAGUCAUGUUGAUUCCAAUCAUGCAUUGUUUUUGCAAUGGAGAUAUGCUCUUGGUGGAAAUCAGACUAUCAGGUACCCGGAUGACGCUUUUGAUAGAAUAUGGCUGCCAGCAUUUGGUAUAGCACUUUCUGAAGUCAAAAGUGAGGCAUCACGAGUUGACAUUAGUACAGCAGAAGAUCAUCCACCACAAGCUGCACUGCAAAAUGCCAUUAUUUCCUCGAGCACUAAUGAAUUCAUGCAGUUUAUCAAUAGGCUUCCCAAUGAGGAACUUCCCAUUUACAUCACUACUUACUUCUCAGAAGUGAUGGAAAGUGCAGUUGGAAAAAGAUCCAUUCAAAUGUACAUAGACAACAAGACCUUUUCAAGUCCAAUAGUUCCACCUUUUGGAAGUGUGGAAGAAGUGUACAUCACCAACAUGACUGCUUCAGCAGACACUUCCUUUGUUCUGGAGGCUACAGACUCUUCUACCCUUCCUCCUAUACUCAAUGCUCUUGAAGUUUACACAUUAAGUGAUGCAUUAACUGCUGGGACAGAUAGCAGAGAUGUGGAAGGUUUGUUACAACUGAAGUUGGCAUUUGAAGUGCUUGUGGACUGGAGUGGAGACCCUUGUCUACCAUAUCCGUAUAAUUGGGAUUGGAUACAAUGCACCACUGAUGUCACACCUCGUGUUAUAGCAUUGUAUCUUAGUGGUUAUGAGCUGCAGGGCAUACUUCCGGAUUUCAGUUCCAUGAAUGCACUUGAAACCAUUGAUUUGCAUAACAAUACCAUAGAAGGCCCCAUUCUUGAUUUCCUAGGUCAUCUGCCUAAUCUCAAGACAUUGAAUUUGUCUGACAAUCGGUUCAAUGGUUCCAUACCUGCUUCUCUAAAUAACAAGAACAUUAAAAUUGAGUAA